AUGGGCAAGAUGGAAACUCCUUCCGUCCCGGUGCAGAAUGGCGAACCUUGCGGAAUAUAUGGAGAUUUCAGCCAUGCAGUCAAUGAGUGCCACAGAAUGGGCGAGUUUACUCCGGAGGGUAAAGCUGAAGUCUAUGCUGCACAAGGAUUUCAGAGCUAUAAUCAAAUGCAGAGCAGACCUGGCUUCGUGCAAAACUACAAUCAAGGACAGAGCUAUAAUCAAGGACAGAGCUAUAAUCAAGGGCAGAGCAGACCACAAUUCGGGCAGCACUAUAAUCAAGGGCAGAGCAGACCGCAGAAUUAUAAUCAAGGUCAGAACGUCAACAAUGGAUGGAGAGGUCAGCAGCCCUGCCCACCGCAACAAAAUUUUCCCCAACAAUAUCCACCGAGGUAUCAACAGCAAGGGAAUUUUCAGCCUUCGCAGCAACACGCUCAGCCCCAGAAGUCAUCACUUGAAGAUAACUUUGCAAGCUUUCAUGGAGAUUAA